UCGCAGGCUGGGAGGGCAGCGGCCACGUCGAUCCCGGGCGGUCUACGUGCGCCGCAGGAGGUUUGAUUUUAAAAAAACUGAUUUUGACGGCGUGUAAAACCCUAGGCGACGAGUGCGGAAACUGCUGCGAUUAACAUACCUUCCUCCUUAUUCUUCAAUCGCCGCCGGACCAAUGGAGAAGGGGAAGGGGUUUCUUGUGAGUUCAAAAGCAGAGCUUGUGCGGAGGCAAAAGGAGCGGAAGAAAUCCAAGUCUGGCGGGUUUGAAUCGCUCGGGCUUAGCUACAAUGUCUUCAGAGGAGUCAAGCGCAAGGGGUAUAGACUCCCCACCCCGAUUCAGAGGAAGACCAUACCGCUCAUUCUCUCCGGUAACGACGUUGUUGCCAUGGCUCGGACCGGCUCCGGCAAAACUGCUGCUUUUGUUGUCCCCAUGCUCGAAAAGCUCCAGCAGCACGUGCCCCAGGCCGGAAUUAGGGCUCUCAUACUUUCUCCCAUCCGAGAUUUGGCUCUUCAGACUCUCAAGUUCACCAAAGAGCUUGGGCGCUUUACAGAUCUCCGUGUAAGCUUAUUAGUUGGUGGUGAUAGUAUGGAAAGCCAAUUUGAAGAGUUGGCACAAAGACCUGAUAUUGUGAUUGCAACUCCUGGCCGGCUUAUGCAUCAUUUAUCAGAGGUAGAUGAUUUGUCCCUGCGCACUGUGGAAUAUGUGGUGUUUGAUGAAGCCGAUUGUCUGUUUAGCAUGGGGUUUGCUGAGCAAUUGCAUACAAUUCUCACUCAUCUGAGUGAGAAUCGUCAGACUUUGCUUUUCAGUGCAACUUUGCCUAGUGCCCUUGCGGAGUUUGCCAAGGCUGGUCUGCGAGACCCACAGCUUGUACGGCUCGAUUUGGAUACUAAGAUAACCCCUGACUUGAAGCUUGCAUUUUUCACUCUAAGACAGGAAGAAAAAUAUGCUGCUCUCCUAUAUCUGAUCAGAGAGCAAAUAAGUUCUGAUCAGCAGACAUUAAUUUUUGUCUCCACCACUUAUCAAUUGGAGUUUCUUAACCUUAUCAUGAGAGAGGAAGGUAUUGAUGCAUCUAUUGCUUAUGGGAAAAUGGACCAUGAGGCGCGUAACAUCAAUAUUUCAACGUUCAGAGCAAGAAAGACAAUGAUGUUUAUUGUAACUGAUCUUGCAGCCAGGGGGAUUGAUAUCCCAUUGCUUGAUUAUGUUAUUAACUUUGAUUUCCCUCCCAAUCCUAAACUAUUUCUCCAUCGAGUUGGGCGAGCUGCCCGGGCUGGUCGCACUGGCACAGCCUAUUCUUUUGUCACAUCUGAAGACAUGCCUUACUUAUUAGAUCUUCAUCUCUUUUUAUCGAAACCACUCAAGGCUGCUCCCUCUGAGGAAGAGGUUUUACAGAAUAUUGAUGGGGUUAUGUCUCAAAUAGAUCAAUCUAUUUCAAAAGGAGAAACUGUCUAUGGACAUUUUCCCCAAACCGCUUUAGAUCUCCUCUCGGACAGAGUUCGAGAAGUCAUUGAAUCCUCCACUGAGCUGAUGACUCUUCAAAAACCAUGCACGAGAGCGUUUUGUAGAUAUUCAAAGACAAAACCAAAACCUUCUAGGGAAUCUGUUAAAAGAGUAAAAGAACUGCCUCGGGAAGGAUUGCAUCCACUUUUCAUAAACUUUCUGGGUGGUACUGAACUAGCAGCGUCGGCAUUUUCGGAACGUCUAAAAAACUUCAGACCAAAGCAAACCAUCCUGGAAGCUGAAGGUGAAGCUGCCAAGUCAAAACAUCGAGGAAGCCAGCUGGUUGAUGUGAUGAAGAUGAAAAGAGCUGUCCAUGAGGAUGUCAUAAAUAAAGUUCGCCAACAGCGCUGCAGUGAUCAUUUGUCCAAGGAUAGGACUGAAGACUGCAUUUCUACCCAAGUUAUGAAGAAACCAGGAGAAUCUGGAUCUAAAAGAAAAGUUAAUAGCUUCAAGGAUGAUGAGUUCUUCAUAAGCUCUGUUCCAACAAAUCAGCAUUUUGAGGCUGGACUUUCUGUGAGGGGUAACCAAGGAUUUGUAUCCAAUAGGUUGGAUGCUGCUGUUAUGGAUUUAGUAGCUGAUGACCCAGACGGGAUGCAUAAGCAAAAAACAUCAUACCAUUGGGACAAGAGGAGUAAAAAGUACAUCAAGCUGAAUAAUGGGGACCGUGUGACUGCCAGCGGGAAGAUUAAGACAGAGGGGGGUGCAAAGGUGAAAGCGAACAAGACUGGGAUUUACAAAAGAUGGAAAAAUGAGUCGCACAAGAGAAUCUCUCUCAAAGGGAACGAUAUGGAUAGCACUGCUGGUGAAUCAACAAGCUCAGCCGGUGCUGGUUCGGGUAGAUUUCAGGGUGGCCGUGCUAAGUUUGGAAGGAAGCGACAUGUGAUACCCAAUGCACAUUUGCGUCCAGAGAUUAAAGACCGCGAGCAAAUUCGGAAAGAGAGGGAGAGAAAGGCAAGCACAAAAGAGUUCUUGAAGAGUAAAUCCUCUGGCAAGAACAACAAGGGGAAGAACAAGUUCAAAAGAGGUGGUGCUGGCAAGAAGGGUGGGAAGGGGAAAAAGGCAUAACACCAAAAGGGAGAGAGACAAUCAAAACUCAAAAGGCUUACAUGGUGAGGAUUGAAUUAUGGACCAGUUUUUCUUGUGACUUUUUUUUUACUGCUUUUGUUAUUUGAAACCUUACUCAGUGAAGGACUGCCAAUGUUCUUGGUUUUGUUUAGUGUUAAGUGAAUCUAUAGGAAAGUUUGGCUUGGGACAAGGGAGAGAGGUGCUAUUGUAGUUUAUUUUCUUAGUUUUUUUUAUACUAGUUUGUAAGUUAAAAAAAUUGAAUUUUCAAAGCAUUUGUUUUAAUAAUAAGAUUGUGGUCUU